CAAACGUGUUCCGUCCCGCAGUCCGCGUGCGGCUAGGGUUCUGCGCUGCCACUAGCGUGGCCGGCUCCCGUGCGGCCCGGCGGCGGGCAGGGCCGCGGCGCCGCCAUGCGCCCGCUCCUCGGCCUCCUCCUGGUCUUCGCCGGCUGCACCUUCGCCCUGUAUCUGCUGUCCACGCGGCUGCCCCGAGGCCCGAUGUCCGGCUCGGCGGGGGAGGCUGACGGCAGGUCAGUGUGGUUCCCUUCCGACCUAGCCGAGCUACAGGAACUCUCCGAGGUCCUUCGAGAGUACCGGAAGGAGCACGAGGCCUAUGUGUUCCUGCUCUUCUGCAGCGCCUACCUCUACAAACAGGGCUUUGCCAUCCCUGGCUCCAGCUUCCUGAACGUUUUAGCCGGCGCCUUGUUUGGGCCAUGGCUGGGGCUUCUGCUAUGCUGCCUGCUAACCUCGGUGGGCGCCUCGUGCUGCUACGUGCUCUCCAGCGCUUUUGGCAAGCAGCUGGUGGUCUCCUACUUUCCGGAUAAAGUGGCCCUGCUGCAGGGGAAGGUGGAGGAGAACAGAGACAGCCUGUUCUUCUUCUUACUGUUUCUGAGACUUUUCCCCAUGACACCAAACUGGUUCUUGAACCUCUCGGCCCCGAUUCUGAACAUCCCCAUCGUGCAGUUCUUCUUCUCAGUCCUGAUCGGUUUGAUCCCGUACAAUUUCAUCUGUGUGCAGACCGGCUCCAUCCUGUCCACCCUCAGCUCCCUGGAUGCUCUCUUCUCCUGGGAGACGGUCCUGAAGCUCCUGGCCAUGGCUCUGGUGGCCUUAGUUCCUGGAACUCUCAUUAAAAGGUUCAGCCAGCAGCACCUGAGAUUGAAUGAGAAGGGGGCUGCCAAUUACACAAAUAGUAGAAAAGACACGUGAUCUGGAUUUUCCAUUGGUUCGCCUCUUCCCUGAAGUCUAUUGCUGAUUUGCAUACCGGAUGUGGUUCACGACGCCAUUGAUCUGGGCUCAUUCCACAGAGAACUCAGGAAGGAUGGUUGGUUGGUUGGGUUCGCCUCUUGCCUGCCCCUGGCAGCCUUGGGACAAGAUGGUUGUCCUUGUCCAGAGCACAGGGUGUGUGACAGUGUUCCGGGGACUAGUGCCAUUGCUCACUGGGAGCCCACAUUGCUGACAUGGCCCUUCUCUUCUGUCAGUCUCUCAGAGAGUGUUGUGUACUUUUUUUUUUUUUUUUGGUACCGGGGAUCGAACUCGGGACCUUGGGCUUGUGAGGCAGGCGGCGGAGCCACUGAGCUAAAUUCCCGCCCCUGUUCUGUACUUUCUUGCAGAUGACCUACCUCUUCCUUAAGCCAAGGGAAUCAAGUGGAUGAGCGACCUAAGACUUCCACAUGUGGCUCAGAUGCGCAGUGAUUUUUGUGAUGCUCUUAUGUUCAGUCUCCUGAUGUCCCUCUAUGUCACAUCUCCUCCUGGCUCUAUGCUCUUACAAUUAAGCUGGUUGCAAACGGACUAUUAAAGAUUAAUGGAACAAA